AUGUCAAUGCCACCCCCACGCCGCCCACGCUGCAGGCCCCGCAAGUCCGAACCCCAACCCCGAACUCAAACUCAAACUCAAUCCUCCUCCAGCGCAACCUACUCCAUCCUUGAAGGCGGCCUCGCCUCUCUCGAGGACCCCACCGGCCAGGGCAACGACACUCCCAUCCACACGCAGGCGUUCCGCGACCACGCAGGCUACGUCUGGGCGUUCCGCGCCUGGAUCCCGGCCGGCCUGGAGCCGGACCUGUACGCCGACAACAUCGCCAGCGCGCUGGCGCGGGCGGUCUUCCAGAUUGAGCCGCGGUUCCAGCCGCGGCCGGACGCGGUCGUCGAUGCGGUCGUCACGCCCGAGGGGCGGGAUGAAGCCACGUCCGGGUACUGGUAUCAGAUUCAGUAUGGGGGGGAGGCGCCGUUGUGGACGUCGUCUGCCGAGCCCGUGGCGCCUAAGGUGUACCUGCUGGGGAUGUUGCGGGAUCUGGAGGCGGAGUCCAGGAACGAUGGGACUAUAUGGGUUGUGCAGUAG